AUGAGAGUCUCAGGAUAUCAUUGGUUGGUUUACCUGACCUGCACUGUUGUCGUGUUGAUCUCUUCGGUUCAUCUGGCUCCGAUGUCGGACCAGUACUCCCGGGGUGUGGAUUGGCUGAGCCGUUAUGGAUAUCUGCCUCCUAUGGACCCACACACUGGGCAGCUGCAGACUAAAGAUGGCAUUGAGAAGGCUAUUAAAGAAAUGCAGCGAUUUGCUGGCCUCAAAGACACAGGCGAACUUGAUAAGGACACCCUGAAACUGAUGGGUACACCACGAUGCUCUUUGCCAGACAUAAUAGGAAUGAAGGACAUGAGAAAGCGCAGGAGGAAAAGAAGAUAUGCCACCACUGGACUUCGUUGGGAAAAGUCUGAUCUUUCUUGGAGCAUCCACAAUUACCCAUCUCUCCAUCCUUUCCUCGAACCUGAUAAAGUGUACACUAUAAUGGACAAAGCCCUUAAAGUCUGGAGUGAUGUCACCAACCUCAAGUUUCAUGCCAUGUCCUCAAGUGAGCAGAAUAGAGCUGAAAUCAAGAUCUCUUUUGUUCGCUCAAAUCAUGAUGACGGAUAUCCAUUUGAUGGAAAGGGAGGGACACUUGCUCAUGCCUUCUUUCCAGGGAAGACUGAUGUUGCUGGGGAUACACAUUUUGAUGAUGAGGAGAGCUGGACCUACAUAGGAGAUGAGAGUGGCACUGAUUUAUUCUCGGUGGCUGUGCAUGAAUUUGGCCAUGCUCUGGGUCUCUCCCAUUCCUCCACUGACCCUUCCAUCAUGCAGCCAUACUACCAGGGUGCUGUUGAAAAUAUUGAAACCUACACUCUUCCAGAGGAUGACCGAUUUGCCAUUCAGUCACUCUACGGAAUAAAGAGAACUACACCAACGCUAUCUUCUCCAAAUCAUCCUACGCCACACUUGCCUAAACCACCAAACCCACCUCGUCCAAGAAUAACAAUAAAACCUGAUCCCUCAGCCCAGGAUCGUUGUGAUGGAAGUUUCGAUGCGGUGGCAAACAUUAGAGGAGAGGUUUUCUUUUUUAAAGGUUCGUACUUCUGGCGAAUCCAGCGAUCCAGUUCUCAAAUGUCCUUUCACCCUGCUCUAAUAAAAAACUUCUGGAUUGGUCUUCCUGAUGGCACUGACAAGAUAGAUGCAGUUUAUGAAAGAGUGACGGACAGUAGAAUAAUCUUCUUCAUAGGUUCACAGUACUGGGUAUUUAAAGACAAUGUGGCACUUCAUGGCUACCCACGUCCAUUGUCUGACUGGGGCCUCAUUUCUCAUGAUGGAAGCAAGGUGAAGAGGGUGGAGGCGGUAUUUAUUUGGGCUCAUAAUGGAAAAACCUACCUCUUCAGCGGUGGAGAGUUCUGGAGGUUCACUGAGAGCCAGGAAACAAAAACGAGACGUCUAGAUGCAGAUUACCCUCGGAACUCCUCCAUCUGGAAAGGUGUGCCCAAAAACCCGGAUGACAUCAUCACCUGGGAACAGGGAGAUGCCUAUUUCUUCAAGAACAACUUAUAUUGGGUGAUAAAGAGGGGAGGAUUGGAACAAGACAGUGUCAGUCACAGAUCAACCGCGGUUGAUUGGAUGAAGUGUCCAGAACCGACUCCAACCAAAUUUCCAGGCAAUCAUCAACCAAGAGAAGGGGAUUGUAACUGUGCAAACAACGGAGCCUUAAAGCGGAGUGCUUCAUCUGGGUUAUUGUCAAUCAUAUUCCUGCUUUUUCCAGCUUUCUUCAUGUAGCCUACUUGCGAUGAUGCUUAUCUAUAUGGACUGUGUCAAGUCAUUUCAAUUUGUUGCACUUUUCACAUCACACAUCGUUUUAAAGCAUCUUUACAGAUAAUUAUGCUGUAAUGUCUUAAAAUACUCAUUGAGCAGUUUCAUUUUCAUUUCAGUUUUGUAUUUGAAAAACAUGCCUCAAUUAUUUGUCUUUAUGUCCCCAGUGAGCAAGCUAAAAUGUUACUGUGGCAUGGAACCCAAAGCUCCAUAAGAUGAUAGUAAAUGGAGUGAGAAAGAAAGAAAGAAAGAAAGAAAGAAAGAAAGAAAGAAAGAAAGAAAGAAAGAAAGAAAGAAGACACUGGGGGCUCACCAGUCUCAAAGCACUUAAAGUGAUAUUACAUAUGUCACUUCAUUUGUCUAUUCAAAUAUUAUUUAAAAAGUAGCAUCACAUGGUCGAAAUCC